AUGACAACUACUCACAGUUCAUUCUCCAUUCGAUCUGUCCUUGAGAAGGAAAAGUUGAAUGGAUCGAAUUUCCUUGAAUGGUACCGAAACCUGAGAAUUGUUCUCAAACAGGAGAAAAAGGACUAUGUCUUGGAAAAGAAACUUCCUGAAAAACCUAAGACAAAUGCUCAACAUGCAGAGAGGAAUGCUUGGGAGAAACAUUCCAAUGAUACGGUUGAUGUGUGUUGUUUUAUGUUGGCUACCAUGAACUCGGACUUGCAGAAGCAAUAUGAGAACGUGGAUUCGCCAAUUGACAUGAUCACUAGCCUGAAGGGUAUGUUUCAGGAGCAAGCACGAACUGAGAGAUACCAAACGGUUAAAACUCUCAUUGAGUGCAAGCUUCCUAAGAACAGUCCAGUUAGCCCUCAUGUCAUUAAGAUGAUGGGUUAUAUUGAUAACCUGGCAAAACUGGACUGCCCAAUCAGCCAAGAGUUGGCCACUGACCUCAUCCUGCAGUCAUUGCCGUCAAGUUUUGAUCAGUUUGUUAUGAACUAUAACAUGAACAACAUGACAAAGACUUUGACUGAGCUGCAUGGGAUGCUUAAAUCUGCUGAACCCAACAUCAUGAAGGACACCCCUCACGUCCUAAUGGUACAAGGGGGUAAGAAGUUUAAGAAACAUGGUAAGGACAAGGGAAAGGGCAAGGCAAGCUGGGUUAAGAACCCAAGCAAUUCCGAACCUACUCCUAAGACCAAACCUGGUCCUUCUGGUGAAGACAAGUGUCAUUAUUGUAAUGAUUCUGGUCAUUGGAAGAGAAACUGCAAGAAAUACUUGGAAGAUCUGAAAAAGAAGAAGAAGACUUUUGAGACUUCAUCUUCAGGUAUUUAUGUUAUAGAAGUAAAUGUUGCUACUUCCAGUUCUACUUCAUGGGUAUUAGAUACCGGCUGUGGUGCUCAUAUUUGUGUUAAUAUGCAGGGCCUAAGCAACAGUAGAACUUUGGAGAAAGGACAAGUGGACCUGUGUGGGAAAUGGAGCAAGAGUUGCUGCAUUAGCUGUAGGAACAUUUCAUUUGUCUUUGCCGUCAGACUUGGUUUUAGAACUUAA